GAGCACAGAGCAACGUGUCCCUGUCAUGGCAGCCACUCCAGAUAGCAGGUUCGUGAGCACUGUCUCCAGCUGAUCGCAGCGUGCAGCACCAGUGCCUUGAUCAUCCUCACCGGCACGGGGGAGAUGCUUUGACAGAUGUAUUUAAAGAGACCUGCAGCUGGUCUCUCUUUCUGCCUCUUCUACUUGGCUUCUUAUUUCACCAACAAGUAUGUCCUGUCUGUCCUGAAAUUCACCUACCCUACCCUUUUCCAAGGAUGGCAGACCUUAAUUGGUGGACUUCUGCUUCACAUUUCUUGGAAGCUGGGCUGGGUAGAGAUAAGCAUCUGCUCAAGGUCUGAUAUACUGUCAUGGCUUCCUGCUUCAGCAUUUUUUGUUGGCAUUAUCUAUGCAGGUUCCAGGGCUUUGUCUAGAUUGUCAAUUCCUGUGUUCCUUACUGUACACAAUGCAGCUGAAGUUGUUACCUGUGGAUUCCAGAAGCUUGUGCAGAAAGAGCAGGCCUCUUUCCUAAAAAUCUGUAGUGUACUGUUCCUCCUCAUAGCCGCAGGGUGCCUUCCUUUGUGUGACACACAGUUUGAUCCAAAUGGCUAUUUCUGGGCUCUGAUACACUUGAUAUGUGUUGGGGCAUAUAAAGUAUUUCACAAGUUGUGGAAACCUAGUUCUUUAAGUGACUUGGACCAACAAUACAUAAACUAUAUAUUCAGCAUGGUGCUUUUGGCCUCUGCAUCCCAUCCAGCAGGUGAUCUCCUUAGUGCCUUGGACUUUCCAUUCCUGUACUUCUACAGAUUUCACAGCAGCUGCUGUGCCAGUGGACUGCUGGGAUUCUUUCUGAUGUUACACACAGUGCAACUAAAAAACUGUACCUCCUCAUGGCAGUAUGCAGCCUGGAGUUUCCUUGCAAAGAUUAUCACAGCUGGCUUGUCACCAUUGUUCUUUGUCAUGACUGUUAACAUGCCAACAAUUUGCUGCCUUCUGCUUGGUGGACUUGGAGAAGCCUUGCUCAUCUACAGUGAAAGGACAGGCACGUAAAAAAGGGGGAAAAAAAGAAAAGAAAGCAAGUAUCUCUCUGUGGGAAUAAGCCUGAAGUGCAGCUCAGAAAUCUUGGAAUGAAAAAAACUCAAGGUGCAUCAGCAGGAAUGAAAAAGUAUGAUUAAAAACAAGGUUCUUUGGGUAGAUGUGAUAUCUUUUAUUAGACCAACUAAACAGUUGGAAAAAUUUCUCUUUUUCAAGCUUUUGGGAACAACCACUCCUUUUCAGGCAAUAGGGAGAGUCUGUACAGGGAGUCU